ACUCUCCGAAUUCAGAGCCUCCAGAACCAACGGACAAGAUGUGCAGCGUGGCUAACGCAAUCAAGAAAGUGGACCUCCACUGCCAUGCCAACAAUGUUGCCCAUAACACCCAUGAAAUCUCUACCAGCCAACUAAUUGUGAGACGAGGGCAGCCUUUCAGCAUCACACUGGAGCUGGACUUCGCUUUCAGCACAUCAGAGUCACUUAAACUGACGGUGGAAACAGGUCGUUUUCCAAAACCAAGCAGAGGGACCAAGUGCACUUUUGGUACCAGAGUAGCGACGUGUGAUGUGGGCACUAAAGCUCUCUGGAGCUGCAGCAUCAACGCCACGUCCUCCCUGCAGACGGGCUGUGUGACCCUCAAUGUGACCCCUCCAGCUGAUGCUCCAGUGGGGAAAUACUCUCUGUCCAUAGAGCUGGGGAGGCCGUCGGCUGUGAAGGAAAGCCUGGUGGUGCUUUUCAACCCCUGGUGUCAGAAUGACUGGGUGUACCUGCCUGAUGAAAAGGAACGUCAGGAAUAUGUGAUGAAUGAACAAGGACACAUCUACAGAGGGACGGCCCACUGCUUUAGUCCAAUGUUCUGGGACUUUGGACAGUUUGAAGAAGAAAUGGUGGAUAUUUGCCUCAAGCUACUGGAUGUCAACCCAAAACACAAGAGAGACCCUGAAGAUGAUGUUUCAGCUCGCUGCAACCCCAUCUAUGUUGGCCGUGUCAUCAGUGCUAUGAUCAACUGCUAUGACGACAUGGGUGUUUUACAAGGAUGUUGGGAUGGCAACUACCACGAUGGUGUUUGUCCAACCAGAUGGACCAGCAGCGUUAGCAUCCUGCAGCGCUGGUUUCAGAGCGACUGCAAGGCGGUGAAGUACGGACAGUGCUGGGUGUUUGCUGGCGUGAUGUGCACAGUGAUGCGGUUCUUCGGCAUACCGUGCCGCGUUGUGACAAAUUUUGAGUCUGGUCAUGACACAAACAACAGCCUCACGAUUGACCAAUAUUUUGACGAGUAUGGAUUAAAAAAAAUGGGAAAAGAAGACAGUAUCUGGAACUUCCAUGUGUGGGUGGAGGGUUGGAUGAAGCGCCCCGACCUCGACCAAGAUGGCCGCUACGACGGCUGGCAGGUCUUGGAUCCAACUCCUCAGGAAAGGAGUGAAGGCAUGUUCUGCUGCGGUCCAGCUCCGGUGAGCGCCAUCCAUGACGGCCACACCAACCUGAAAUAUGACGUACCCUUUGUCUUCAGCGAGGUCAAUGCUGACGUCGUCAAGUGGAAGGUCAGAUCGACUUCCUAAUGUUUUAAUAUAGAG